AUUGCAUUUCAACCAACAUUUUCAUUUUAAUAUCAGUGGAUCCCAAUGAGCAAAAUUCCUUAAGUAUGCGCAAAUAAUGCUUAAAAACAUAUGAUUUAAAAAAUGGCAAAUGUAUUAUAAUAUAUCGUUUAAAGGGAUAGUUCAUCCAAAAAAUGUGUAACUAAUUACUCACCCUCAUGCCAUUCUAAAUACCUAAGACACAAAUUAAUAUAUUUUUGAUGAAAUAUGAGAGCUUUCUGACUGAAUUUUCAUUUUUGGGUGAACUAUUCCUUUAACAAGCAUGUCUUGCUGAUCAAGCAGUCUAUAAUGGAUCUACUGACCAACUGUCAAGACCUCAUCACCACUGAGCAUUAGCAGACAGGAUGGCUAUUUUGCUGAUUAGACCUAUUUAAACAACCUAGAAAGGCUUGGGGAGACGGAAGAUGGCUAUAAAUAAUUUAAGACAGGUUAAAAACAGAGGCCUAGAAACAGGCAGACCAAUGAGGAGCUAGGUCUUUGUAUUUUAUGCAGAUGUUCAGCAGAAUCAGCAGUCUGUAGUCUUUACAGGUGUUUAUCGAUAUUUCAGAUAUCGGCAGGAAAACAGUGCAAGAGCAGGUGUCAUUAUUCACGCUGAUCGCACUGCAAUGUGUUUCUGAAACCCGUAAAUUUUCAUAAAGCUAAUUGCUCUGAAAAGCAAAGUGGGCUCUGAUUGGCCAGAUUUCCACUGUGUUGUGAUUGGCCGAAUGCCUCAUGUGUGUUAUGCCCCUUAACACCGUCAUGUCGUUGAGACAAAACCCAUCACAAAAAGUGACUAAAGCAUUUUGAUAAGUUGCUGUUUAUUUAGUUUAAAAUAAUUCAAGUACUCAUUUAUGAGCUGGCAAGCUCACAUGAUGCAAUUGGAGAUCAUUGGAAAUGUUAGUUUAGGAUUUUACAAACAAUGUUUAAACAGGAAAUUAUUUGGGAUAGCAACUGAUAGUUUAAUGAACUUAAAAUAAGAAAAAGCACUAUUGUGAGCACCAUUUAAAAAAACAAAACACCAAUAUUAUAGGAGUACCUGCUCAAGUUUACUUUUUGAAAUUUGAAAUGUUGCUGAUUAAAUUUAAAAAGUCUUCCACAGUACAAGUAUUUUUAAUGGUGCAUUGCACGUUGUUAAAUUAAUUGAUAUCAUAGUAUAAUAUUUUUGUCUGAACCUGUUUAAGGCAAACAAAAACCAUUGAAUGCAUUUCUAAGAAUGUUUAUAUGAGGUAAAAAUAAACCAUGUUCAGUUUUUAUAUAUUGUGAUGGAUAUAUUUUUUUUGCUAUUAAGGUUAUGCUAUAAUUUUAGUAAUAAAUUAGUCAUUUCUGCAUAACAGAUUGUCUGUUAAUGGUACAGAAGUUGAUGUAAAUCUUCAGUAAAUUUUCACUUUUAGAGUUGAAGGAAAUGUCAGAAAAACGUACAGGUAAUUGUCCUGGUAACAUUCAUACUUUUAUUUAUAUUUUACAGUGUAGCACUGUCAUGCUCUUUCUGAAGGCCGUGACGCAGGUUUUGUGCAUGCACGGGUCUGGCACUGUGGAUAUCUGACGUGUGUGUGAGAAAAGGUGUGUCUGAAUGUGUGUGUGUGUGUGCGUGUCAGAAAGAGGAUGAGACGGUGGGGGAGGGUGAAGAGAAUGUGAAUUGCUAAAUCCGGGCAAGGGCACACAAGGACAUAAUGUAUGAAUGAUGUCUCUCACUGGUUUAAUAUUUAAAGCUCAAAUCAGUUACAUUGAGAAGAUGAGGAAAUGACAAUUGCAUGAGCAAAAGAGAAACUGCAGCGCAGUCCACAUGUCAUCCCAGUUUUUAGAAUGGAUGUGGAGAAAAUUCUUAUUGCUAAAAAAAAAACUGGCUUUGUCAUUAGAUCCUAGUCGCCUGGGGAAAUAUCACUGCUGUUUGCCAUUUAUCUUUGACCAUUGUGUUAUCAAUUGAAUCGCUCAUUGUGGAUUCAUUUUAGAGAUUAGAUAACGUGUGAGAACAACAGGACAAUUGUUAGACCACAGUGACUAAAAUGAUAUCACAUAUUGGGCGAUGUAUCAAAGAGCCCUUGUUUCUAAGGAAAGUCUCUACCCUGGAGCUCAGUGUUUUUCACAGAUCUUUGCCAUUUCCCAAGAGGCCAGAUUGUAUAUGUCAGCGCUAUACAGUUUAAGACUGCUGGCUGGCAUGGAAACGUUGUCCCCAGCUGCUUGUUUUCAUGUAGAAAGCCUGAAACAGCUCUCAAAAGGCUUUUUCUUCUUUAUGUUUGUGCGUCUCAUUGCACCACAGCAGAGCAAACAACACCAAGGUCACGGGUUCAAUUCCCAGGAAAUCAUGAACUGAUCAAAUGUUUCCUUGAAUGCAAAAUUGCUAUGGGUAAAAGUAUUUGCAAAAGUGUAGGUCUCUCACAUUUCCGUCCAAAAUAUAUCAUGAAGGAGUUGUUAAAUGCGCUUAAGUCAACUCUUUAAUGCAUUAAUUUAGUCUCAGUAUAAAGGGGCCAUUGUGCAGUCUAAUCUGGAAUAAGUUGCAUAAUGUAAUCUCUGUAAAAAGGGGUUAUAUAAUAACUCCCUUCUGCUGCAGGGACACUGACAGAAGUGUAGAGGGGAAUUUUUGACAGGUCUGAGGUCAGCUUAUUGUGCAUAUACUGUCCCUCCUGUGCUUUUAAAAGGCAAUGUCUCCUUCCAUCCCACACCUUAUAGUUUUCUUUGAUGCAUUUGCCUAUUUCGAUUCCUAAGAAUCCCCAGAUCUUUUUUGCUGUCAUCUAAAGCCAGCAUGAAAUCAAAAAUUCACCUUUCAUCUGUUUGUAAAUGCAUGUCAUGCUUAAACCUCUACCUUUUUUUGCAAUCGACUGCAAGCACACAUUCACUAUUGAGUGUAAUGCUCAAACCUCAAAAUCUAAUCAUCAACCAAUGCAAAGUCCUCAUUCUACAUUUUUCUUUUCCUAUAAGCACUACACUUGUAUGCACGUCAAAAGAAAGAAAACAUUCUAUUGCGCAGUUAAUCAGAAAAAACAAUAAUAGGUUAAAAACUCUUAUAAAUGGCCAAGUAACAGGGAAUGUUCUAAUGUUUUUUCUGAAACAUUUUAAUUGGAUUCUUUAACUAUUUUUAAAUGUUACUACUUUCAGAAUGCCCAGAAAACAUUCAAAACUAACUUUUUCAUAAUGCCAAAUUCAAAUUGGCUUUGCUUGUUGUGAAGAGUGUGUCAAUAUGUGUUUAUACCUUCCUCCCCUUUCCUCUGAAUCUGUAGGAUAUCUAUGAUAAUUGUCUUUCCUCCCCAAUCUAUCCUUCUUCUUCCUCUCCGCAGCCAAUCAGAAGCCAAUAAAUCAAUAAUCUGUCAAUGAUGAUCAGUGAUGUGAUGGAUGUAACACUGAAAACGUUUAACUCUGUCUCCCUCUUUCUCUCUCUUUUUUUUUCUCCUCCCUCCUUUCCUCUCAGCCAUCAUAAGCAAAUUGUAAAUGUUGUUUUCCUGAAUAUAACAGUGUGAAGAGAUGCCCAUUAAAAAAAAUUUUAAUCGCAGAAAGUCUGGCAGGACGACUAGUUAAUAUUGUAAAUCUGUAGCUGUGAUUGAUGUGUGUGCAAUGUUUCCUGUCCCUCAUCUCAUUGCACAUAUAUAAAUACUUCUCCAGAGGUCAGAAUUACAAAAAGAGCAUUGGUUGAGAGCGAUGCAGAUGUCUCUGUGGAAACUGCAGGGUGAAGUGUGAGAGAGAGAUACUUGGAAUAUCAGCUUGGUUCUGCAAUGGGGCAUGUGUGGAGGUGGACUCCGACACAGAGGCGGUGUUGGGUCAAGGCUUCAAAUUAGGCUGCAUCUCAUGCAAGAUGAGAGGAGAAGUACCGGCCUCUGCUACAGUGGACUGGUGGUUCAUGGCCAAAGGCGAGAGUGAAUUUACACACAUCUACAGUUAUGCAGACUUGACAGGCUACAUAAUGGACGACCGCUUCGAUGAACGCCUAGCCUGGAACGGCAGUAAAAAAACUGAAGAUGUGCAGGACGGCUCAAUUUACAUCCUUAACGUCACCUUCAAUGACACCGGCACCUAUCGAUGUUUCUUUGACCGCACACUUGUAUUUCCCAAUUACGAGUACCGCACCAAUGCCACCAAAUUUAUCUCCAUCAACGUAGUAGGCAAAGCUACACGAGGCAUGGCGUCCAUCUUAUCCGAGAUCAUGAUGUACGUGUCCAUUAUUGGUCUGCAGUUGUGGCUGUUGGUGGAGAUGGUCUACUGUUACAGGAAGAUUGCAGCAGCUGGAGAGGAAGCUCUGAGAGAGAGCGAGGCGGAAUAUUUAGCUAUAACCUCGGAGAGCAAAGAUAAUUGUGCAGGUGUAACGGUGGCAGAAUAACGCAGGUCCAAAAAAAGUCUCAAGCCAAAAGCUUGAUGCUCGGUCCAUCACAGCAUCACCAAUGGCCUCCUCCAUCACCCUCACCGGCUCUCUGUGAACGCACAGGGCUGCUGUUUUGACCUUUGUGUACGACUGUGACAGACCCACCGUUC